CCUUGCAGAGAUGACUGUCAGCACACUGAGGACUGCAGCAGGACACCAAGUAGUCUCUUUAAUUUGGAUGAAGCUGCUUCGACUCCACUUUGACUUUGGCCCUUUACCUGCGUGCUGACGUGAACAAGACGUACGUCGAACCAACUGACAAGCAACAGAAACUCUAUGCAGGUGCAGUGGCUGAGAUGUGAGAAGGGGUCAUGCCUCUGGUCAAGAGAAACAUUGAGCCUCGGCACCUGUGCCACGGUGCCGUGCCUGAUGGGAUUGGCAAUGAGCUGGAAUGUGUAACCAAUAACACGCUGUCCGCCAUCAUCCGUCAGCUCAGCAGCCUGAGUAAACAUGCCGAAAAUGUAUUUGGGGAGCUUUUCAAUGAAGCCAACACGUUUUAUGUACGAGCAAACUCCCUUCAGGACCGCAUCGACCGCUUGGCUGUUAAGGUCACCCAGCUGGACUCCAGCGUGGAGGAGGUCUCUCUUCAGGACAUAAACAUGAGGAAGGCGUUCAAAAGCUCUGCCAUCCAGGACCAGCAGGUUUUGUCGAAGGGCAGCACUCCGAACUCUGUAGCUGACUUGUACAAAGGCAGCGACAGGCCUCCUCCCCUCAGCACCCUCACAUCCUACAGAGAGGAUUCCACUGAUGCAAUGAAGUUUUACUCGGACCCGUCAUACUUUUUUGACUUGUGGAAGGAGAAGAUGCUCCAGGACACAGAGGACAAGAGGAAAGAAAGACGGAGGCAGAGGGAGCAGAAGCGAUGUGUAGAAAGCAGCACCCUUCAGCGUGAAGUGAAGAAGGUGAGAAAGGCUCGAAAUCGCAGGCAUGAGUGGAACAUGAUGGCAUUCGAUAAAGAGCUUCGUCCAGAUCACCAUCAUCCACAGACACUUCGGAGAGGAGCAUCGUCGGAGGGCUCGCUGUCUCCAGAUGGCAGGCCUGACCUCCUCGACUACCCGAUCCCUCCGCUGCCUGCCCACGCUGCUUGUAACUAUGCCAAGUCUCAUGAUUACGUUCCUGGGAACUCAGAACCCUCACCACCUGUGGAGCAUGAAUACCACAGCAUUGAUGUCAACUACAAGAGGGUAACCUACGCCACAGCAGAGCCGCACGCUGCGGACCGAAUGAACGGCUCCAUUCGUCUUGCUGCAGAUCACAACUCCGUACCCCCACCUCCUGUCCCAGGCCCACCAAUCCCAUCAGCUCAGACGGCCUUUGGUUUCCCUCUGGGUGCGCUACCUCCAACGCCGCAUAAUGGAGUUUUGCAUGUAGGCCCAGGCUACCCACUCCCACCAGUACCUCCUCCGGGGCCUCGCAUGGUCCCUCCUCCCCCAGGGCCCCCGCCUCCUCCUCUUCCUCCCCCAGCUGUACCCUCACACCUAUCAGGACACAGUGAAGGCGGCCGAGCUGAGACUAAACCUGUGAGAGAUGCGAGAAGUGACCUGCUGUCUGCCAUCCGCAUGGGCAUCCAGCUGAAAAAAGUUCAAGAGCAGCAGGAGCAGCAGAACAAGCGGGAGCCAGUAGGAAACGACGUGGCCACCAUCCUUUCCCGACGCAUUGCUGUCGAGUACAGCGACUCUGAGGAUGACUCGGAGCUUGAUGAAAACGAGUGGUCAGACUGACAGCACGCUUUACUGGAUCUUCAGUAAAAACCUAACAAAACUCUCAAUUUGGCUCCAUCUAGUGGAUUUUAUGUACUGAGCCACUGCUUCAUCUUGUAUUAAUAAGUCUGCUCUGCCACUUUAAUAUUUCAUUACUACAUUUCAUGACUACGCAGUUUGCACCAUUGUUCAGAAACAAGUAAAUAUUCGGAUGUACUGUACACAUAUUUAAAAACAAGAUUGAUUUUAUGAUUAUUAAAUGUUCUGUUUUGUACUAUCGCUGCAAUGUGAGCCAUAAGUCUUGUAUCAUUGUCAUUCUAAACUGCACAUUCCAAUGAAAUAUCCUGUUGUAAUGACAAACUGACACCUUGAACAUACCUCCAUACCUACAAGUACAAGUUGUCCCUCCACUCUGCCUUUUUCACUGAAGGCAUUCUGACAUGCCACUGUAAACUAAGCACAGGUAUAAAUAAUACAUGACUGGCUAAUUUCCAUCUAGCUGCUUCAGUUUCAGGGUCUUUGUGUCGUUCGUGCUGAUUCAUUGCCACAUCGCCAUGGCUAACUGGGACACUUGAAUAGAAAAGAGCUGAUGUUAUUAGUCACAUGUUAGUCAAAUUGUUUGUAAUAAACGUCUAUUGAUUUUAAAUGAGUGCAGCGCUAAAAUGAAAAAGUUUAAAAGAUUUUUAAGUGUAUAUUUUCAAAAUAAUUUUAUGUAAUUUAAGUUGGUGAUAAUAUUUUUGGACUAAAUGUGAAACUCCCUCUACUAUGUGUUAGACAUUUUAUUGCUACCUCAAUUUGAGACCAUUUCACUGUCCCACAGUAUGUGUAGUAGGAUAUCAUGAACAGUCUGGAUACAGUUGUGUGCUGCCAUGAAAUUAUUGUUAUUAUUUGCUGUGAUGUGUCUUGGAAAUGUGGACAUGUCAUUAAAGUUCUCUAAAUUAGACAGAA